AGAAGCUAGAGCAGAGCACACUGAAUCCUUACCCGCUUUCUUUUCCUGAUUCAUCGUUCUCGUUGGAAUGGUAAACAGAAAGCUCUUACUCGUUCCAAGUCUGUUUUCGAUGCGGUCGCAGAUUUGGUUUGGAGUAUAGUCUUCGUCUUCUCAAAGAUCGUGGGAGUUAACUCUGUGUUCGAAAGACUCAUGUCGGUCUCGAAUGAGGAUAAUCCAUCUUCUCAUGCUCAGCUGUCAUCUAAUUUUUUCGGGGAUCUCCUUGAUUCCAUUAUUGUUGACGUUGCAUCUGAGUGUCAUCGAAUAGCAAGGUUGGGCCUUGACCGUAAUUUGGAAGAUGAGGAAGAAGAACUGAGGUUGUCAACCCAAGCCAGGGUAAGGGUUGCUGAUCCUAGUAAUAGUAGCGAGGCAAAUGGCAGGUAUGUCGUUGACAUAUUUGGACAGACUCAUCCUUCCGUAGCCAGUGAAGUAUUUGAGUGCAUGAAUUGCAACCGAUCUAUCAUGGCUGGGAAAUUUGCUCCUCACUUGGAAAAGUGCAUGGGAAAGGGUAGAAAGGCUCGUCUGAAGGUGACAAGAAGUAGCACAGCUGCACAGAAUCGGCAUUCAAGAGGCAGCCCUGCUUCCACAUACUCUCCUUAUUCAAAUUCCUCUAACACCAGCCGAUUGUCAAAUGGAACCUCCAGUUUUGCUGCUGGUGAGGAGUACUCGAAUGGCACAUUUGAAGAGCCAUGAUGCAAAUUUGAGCGACCCACACAUUUUACAUGAUUAGGACCUUUAUUGUAUAAUAUUCCCUUUCAAAUUCAGAUGAAUUUUAACAUGGUUGUCAGAUAGACAUUAAUAUUUCUGAAAUGAAGCACGACUUAUACAGAGUAUUGUUGAGUCUCUCAUUUCAAAACAUGAAAAAUGUCUUAUGUUUCCAUGCCUUGAAUGAAAAUUGUAUCUUACAGGCAA